UGAAGCCUGUUAUCGUAAUGUUUGCUUUUCUUGUCAAAACAUCUAUUGCAAUAAUUGAUAAUUGUUUGCGAAGUGAUUUGUUCAGUUUCCGGGCAUGGGCAAAGUCGUGUGGCUGCUGCUGUCGGCAAUUCUUCUCGCCACUGAUGCUAUUGGAUACUCAGUACAGUUUGGAAUGAUGCAAUCCCAGGCGGUGCCCAUCUAUGAAAUGAGCUACAACAUAUCUGAAACGUUUCGUACUGUGGAGAUCACACAAAAGGAUAAAUUGAUUUCCAAUAUUAACCUGAUUUUGGUCUUGGACGAGAGUCAAGUGGAACGGGUGGUGGUGGCAACCAUACUCACGGGCGGAAUCGGCUGCAACUACACCAUACUGCAAUUUACCGGCAUCCAGCCCGAGGAAAGUCCAGUAAUAGUCACGGUACUCAUCUACGGACUGCCCAGUCGGCAGGCCUCAAAAAUACAUCUAUCUUAACCUAGCUCAAA